GUGAUAGACACUUAAUGUUCAUUUAUUUAUUUACUCACUGAAUGAAUGAAUGAUUGACAUUGGGACAUCAUGAAGGUUUACUGACAGAAAUAAGUAAACUUCAUGAAAAGUAGAACAUCGUGGAAGUUUACUGACAGGAAUAAGUAAAUAAGUAAGUUUACUGACAGAAAUAGGUAUGAAUAAUGCCUUCAUAUUAAUAUAUAAUAUGCUCAUAUCUGUGGAAAGUUCAGUCCACAUACACCAAGUAUGGCCCUCUCAACUCACAAUUCACACCAAUAAAAAAAUUUAGGUACAUAUGAUGCUUUCUGGUCACGUUCAUUCAUUCAACAGCUCUUCUAUUUGGACUGAUCAGACGUUGUUCUCACAUCAAAUCCAAGAACUGAAAACAUUAUUUAAAGUUUCUCUCGAGUUUUUAAGAACCUACAACUAUUUAUGGAGAAAAAGCAGCCCAAGGAUGAUCUUUUUGAUAGACUCAAUACUGGUAUUCUGAAUAAGCAUCUUCAGGAUCUCAUGGAGAGCUUGACAGCCAAGGUAUUCCAUACAUACAAUGCCUCCAUCACGCUACAGCAGCAGCUAGAAGAACUCACAGCCCCGGAUGAGAACAUCCCAGCGAAGAUCCUUUCUUAUAACCGUGCCAAUCGAGCUGUUGCAAUUCUUUGUAACCAUCAGAGGGCACCACCAAAAACUUUUGAGAAGUCUAUGAUGAACUUGCAAACUAAGAUUGAUGCCAAGAAGGAACAGCUAGCAGAUGCCCGGAGAGACCUGAAAAGUGCUAAGGCUGAUGCCAAGGUCAUGAAGGAUGCAAAGACGAAGAAGGUAGUAGAGUCAAAGAAGAAGGCUGUUCAGAGACUGGAGGAACAGUUGAUGAAGCUGGAAGUUCAAGCCACAGACCGAGAGGAAAAUAAACAGAUUGCCUUGGGAACCUCCAAACUCAAUUAUCUGGACCCUAAGAUCACAGUGCCUUGGUGCAAGAAGUGGGGUGUCCCAAUUGAGAAGAUUUACAACAAAACCCAGCGAGAAAAGUUUGCCUGGGCCAUUGACACGGCUGAUUAAGACUACGAGUUUUAGCCAGUCUCAAGAGGCAGGGUUCUGUGAAAAGGAACAGUAUGGUUUGGGAAAGAUGGAUAAACUGAGCCUCGCUUGCCCUCGUGCCUGGGUGAGAGAGGCAGCAAGUCUUAACAAACCAACAUCUUUGCGAAAAGAUAAACCUGGAGAUAUUAUAAGGGACAGCUGAGCCAGUUGUCCUACAGACAACUUAUUUAAAAAUAUUUCAGAUAUCAAAAUUCUAGCUGUAUGAUUUGUUUUGAAUUUUGUUUUUAUUUUCAAGAGGGCAAGUGGAUGGGAAUUUGUCAGCAUUCUACCAGGCAAAUUCACUGUUUCACUGAAAUGUUUGGAUUCUCUUAGCUACUGUAUGCAAAGUCCGAUUAUAUUGGUGUGUUUUUAGUUAGGGUUUUCCAAUAACUUCUAUAUUUUAAUAGAAAUAAAUUCCUAAACUCCCUCCCCUCUCCCCCAUUUCAGGAAUUUAAAAUUAAAUAGAACAAAAAACCCAGUGCGCCUGUUAGAGUCGUCACUGUCUAUUGUCAUGGGGAUCAAUUUUCAUUAAACUUGAAGCAGUCGUAGCUUUGGCAGUGUUUUGGUUCAGACACCUGUUCACAGAAAAGCAUGAUGGGAAAAUAUUUCCUGACUUGAGUGUUCCUUUUUAAAUGUGAAUUUUUAUUUCUUUUUAAUUAUUUUAAAAUAUUUAAACCUUUUUCUUGAUCUUAAAGAUCAUGUAGAUUGGGGUUGGGGAGGGAUGAAGGGCGAGUGAGUCUAAGGAUAAUGAAAUAAUCAGUGACUGAAACCAUUUUCCCAUCAUCCUUUGUUCUGAGCAUUCGCUGUACCCUUUAAGAUAUCCAUCUUUUUCUUUUUAGCCCUAUCUUUCACUUGAAAGAUUUUACUGUAUGAAAAGUUCCACAGGUCAAUACAUUUAGAGGAAAAUGAGUAUUUGGUCCAAAAAAAUGAAAAAUAAUUAAGAUUUUAGGGCUUUUAUUUUUUCUUUUGUAAUUUUGUAAAAAAUGAAAAAAACAUAAAAAGCAGAACUUUAAUAUGAAGACUUUUUUGCUAUAAUCAUUAGUUUUAGAGGCAGUUAGUUUAGUGUGUGUGCAGAGUCCAUUUCCCACAUCUUUCCUCAAGUAUCUUCUAUUUUUAUCAUGAAUUCCCUUUUAAUCAACUGUAGGUUAUUUCAAAUAAAUUCCUACAACUUAACGGAAAAAAAAAAA